AUGACACUUAUUGGUCACCAAGUGACAGUAGAAUUGAAAAAUGAUUUGGCAAUUACAGGUAUCCUCUCGUCAGUAGAUCAAUUCUUAAAUAUUAAACUUGAUGAUAUUCGAGUGGUGGAUGAUACCAAAUACCCUCAUAUGAUGGCGGUCAAGAAUUGUUUUAUACGUGGAUCGGUUGUAAGAUACGUACAACUACCCGCUAGUGCAGUAGAUACGGCUUUAUUACAAGAUGCUGCUAGAAGAGAAGCACAAACACCAACAACAGCGGCUGCUCACACAAUGAACC